GCGUUUUGCGCAUGUGUCGAAUCUGUUACGACACUGUGAAGAAAACCGGUCGAAACGCAAGAAAAGAGAAGAAUUAUCAACGUUUGGAAUGUGUUAACUGAAACAUUGUAUAAAGAUGGGUUUUGAGAUUGGACGUUUCCAAGGUGAAGUAGAUGAAGAAUUGGUAUGUCCCAUAUGCAGCGGAGUCUUAGAAGAACCUGUACAGGCUCCACAGUGUGAACACGCUUUCUGCACAGCAUGUAUACAAGAAUGGUUGUCAAGGCAACAUACUUGUCCAGUUGAUCGCAAUUCGAUUACACCACAACAGCUGAAAGCUGUUCCUCGAAUCCUAAGGAAUUUACUGUCACGCUUGUAUAUUGCAUGCGAUAAUGCAGUUACCCGGUGGGGUGGAAUGAUAUCUACUCCAGAUGCGGUACUGCAGGCGGUCAUCAAGCGUUCUCUUAUUGAUAGUGCAUGCCCAGCGCAUAUCGUCACUGAAUUAAUGGAGAGUGCACAUGAAAGAAACUGGCCCCCUGGAUUAAACACUCUGGAAACUCGACAACUGAAUCGUCAUACUUAUGAACAGUAUGUUACCCGGAGGAUUCCAGGAAAGCAAGCUGUUGUUGUGAUGUCACAUGAUAACCAGCAUAUGGGAGAAGAUUUCACUCUAGAUCCAGGUCUAGUUAUGAUAUUUGCACAUGGCAUAGAAUAACAUUCCCUACAAAUUCAUAUUACAAUGUAUUAAAAUUGCAUGUCAUUUUAUGGUAGUAUAUAUUAUACUGUCCUCCAA